GGCUGGGUGUAUCAUGAUUUCGUGGGAAGCCAAAAAUGAAGGUUUCAAUUGCAAUAAUCUUGAGCUCUUCUUCAGUACUGAUCAUCAUCAUCAUCGAACUGAUCUCUGCUGGUUCAGCAGCAGGCAAGCAAAACGAAAUAGUUAACAUCUACCAGCGGUGCGAACAAUUCUCUUGCGGCAACAUAAGCUUCCCCUUCCCCUUCUCAAACUCCGACACCUUCGGCACUACCGGUCAGUACAGCUGCGGCCUUCCUCUAUUCAAGAUCUACUGCGAUCAGUCCGACUUGCCCAAGGUCGAAUUGUCUGGCAACCUCUAUGAAAUCAAGGACAUCUUCACCGACCCUGACAGGCUCCUAACCGUCUUCGAUCAACGCUUCACCGAGAGCGUUGAAUCGGGAUCAUGCAAUGACAUCAGAAAUUUAAGUAUACCGCUUGGGGGGACCCACACUGGGCUCACCUUCGCCAGCGGAGUCGUCAAUCUAACCAUCUUUGAAUGUCCACUCAGGACCGCCGUCGAUGGAAUUGCGGGGAGUUUCAAAUGCAAUGAGGGAAGUUGGGCUUAUGUAUGGAAUUCGACGCAACUUGGACCGGCGGUACCUAAAACGCCAGACGGUUGCCAACAUGCGUUUUUUCCUGUUUCUGGUGCGAGCUUGCCUAAGAUUAGAUUUGGCGGCAAUCAAUCGACAUGGCUUUCGAGUGUUUUGAGGGAGGGGUUUGUGCUGCAAUGGCAGAAUCUGCCGGAAUGCACCAAAUGUAUUACGGACUUUGGUGGACGCUGUGUAUACGAUGCAACUUCUUCUACAAAUAAUAAUAAUAAUAAUAAUAAUAAUAUAGCCUGCUUCUGUGACUAUGGCCUCUGUGGGUGA